CUCGUGUUUUGUCGAUGAUUAGUCCGAGAACAUUGAAUUGUCUCUGCCUUCGCUUCCGGACCUUAUUGCCAUUGCUCGGCUUUCCUUGGGCUCCGGCAAGUCGAGCUUUCUCGAUUAUCAUUGUUUUUAUUGUGCCCUCGUUUCCUCUGUGGAACCGUGUCUAUAGAUCGGUGGGCAAUAGUCAGACACCCGCUUUCGGGCGAACCAUUCUGACACUGCUCAGGAACGAAUUGACCUCUGCGGAUCUUAUCCCUCCCAUUCCUCGGAUCGCUUGUGCCGUUCCAUCGAUCGCCCUGCCCGGCGCGCAUUCCUCUGACGUCGACAACGCCCACCUGUUCAUGCUGUGUCCACCAUGCCCAUUCGAGCCAAAAGGCAUCCGGCCUCGCAUGCACGGUUCUCUAAGAAGAGUCGCAAUGUGGUCGUGGAUAUAGAAAAACAACCCGCACGUCCUCAACAUCACUAUCGCCAGUACAGCCAAAGCUCCUUUGACACGGACAAUGAGGAUAGUGAGGAUGACUCCAACAGCUCUUCAUCCGCGGCUUCACAUCGCCCUAUGCUGAACGAUGCGCCGGUGCGCCGGCCCCCUCGCAUUGCAAUGGGCUAUCGUGUUCCCCACCGCGUGAUGCGAUGGCUCUGCAUGGGACUGCUUUCGUUCCUCGUAGUAUUCAUCAUUGUUUUAUUUCGGUUUACAUUUCUCUCAAGCGUCAGUCGAGUCAAUGCUCCACUGCCCAAACCUAGUUCGAAACCUCCUACUUGGGAGAGCUUCCCCUUUCUGGAGCGGUACCAUGGCGGUAUACGAACCUUGGUCACACGUGCGGCAAACGUUCCCGAAUAUCCCAAUGAUAGCUUGGAAGCAAUGGGACUUGGCAGCACUGCUCCUAAAAACAUCACCAAUACUUCGAAGCGCGAUCAAACAGUGCCUUUUUCAAGCUUGGCUUUCAAUCCCUAUCCUGACUAUGCGUCUCCGGAAUACAUUGCAAAGUAUGGCGAGAAACGAGAAUGCUUUCUGGACGAGGACGGGACUCUGCGGAUCCCUCUAGUUCACUACUACCCUGGCGUGCCUCGCGGGUUCCCUGACGCAGUUAUUGGUUCAAAUGAAGUUCUUGGCAUCAAGGACGACGUUUGCUUCGACCGCUUUGGUCGACUCGGACCGUAUGGUAUGGGCUACAGUGUCCGAAAAGGGGGAAUUGGCGCAGGCUUAGAAGGAGAUCGUGAGGGUGCCGAACAUGUCUGGGAGGACUUCCCGCCAAUCGACUUUCGGAAGGUUGAUUGGGCUGCAGCCCAGAAUCGAUGCAUGGCCACAAACAGUCACCGCUUCCAAGAGCUACCUACACCGCGUCUUAAUCGGUUCGUUUCCAUGUCGGUCGGCGUUCCGGCAUUGGAUGAUGCGACUCUGUCAAGCUCUCCAGACCAGGGGCAAACGGGGAGCCCCGAAAAGGAACAUCUUCCUCGGACCGCGUUUGUUCUUCGCACUUGGCACGACUACCGCUAUAGUCCUGAUGACAUUCUGUAUUUGCGUUCGCUGAUCUCGGAAUUGUCUCUGCAGUCCGGCGGUGAGUACACCAUCCACUUUUUGGUGCACGUCAAAGAUGAGAAUCUCCAAAUCUGGGCCGAUGACGAAACAUACGAGCGUGUGCUCGCAGAAGCCUUGCCGGCCGAGUUCCGUGGUAUGGCCACGCUUUGGUCUGAGCGACAAAUGGCGCUUAUGUACCCCGGUCUGGAGGAGACAUGGGCUAGUGGACUCUCUGUACAUGGGGUGUAUCGAAGCACCCAUAUGCCCAUGCAGUACUUCGCGUACCAGCAUCCCGAAUACGAUUACUACUGGAACUGGGAAAUGGAUGCCCGAUACACCGGCCACUGGUAUCACCUUUUCGACAAGGUAGUCAGCUGGGCGCGAGAGCAGCCCCGCAAAGGCCUAUGGGAACGCAAUGCGCGCUUUUACGUACCGUCAGUGCAAGGAACGUGGGAGGACUUCCGGCAGAUGGUACGCGUACAAACCGAGAUUGGCACCAACAGCCCCAACAACAUGUGGAGCGCACCCAAGCCCGGCCAAAAUAAGUCGGCAGCCGAGAAGAACGCCCUGCAUCAACAGGGCGACCAAUCUGUCUGGGGCCCCGAACGUCCCGCUGAGCAAGAUGUCCUCGAAGUCGAGGGCGAAGGCAUCCCGCCCACCACGAUGGAAAAGGACCGAUACGAGUGGGGCGUCGGCGAGGAAGCGGACCUCAUAGUGCUCAACCCUCUCUUCGACCCUGAGGGCACGACCUGGGCGCUCCGUGACGACGUGACCGGCUACGACAAGCUCAGCAUGCCCCCGCGCCGCACGGCCAUCAUCACCGCCUCUCGCAUGUCCCACAAGCUCCUGCACACCAUGCACAAGGAAACCGUCCUCAAGCGCCAUACCAUGUUCUCGGAGAUGUGGCCGGCUUCCACAGCCCUCCACCACGGCUUCAAGGCCGUGUCGGUCCCGCAUUCCAUCUACCUGGACCGCCGCUGGCCCACCAAAUACCUAGAAUCCGUGUUCAACGCCGGCCGAAACGGUGCCUCGGGCGGCGCCCGCACCUCCGUCUUUGGCGACCGCGAGCACAACUUCCGCGGCACGACCUGGUUCUACUCGGCGGGCUUCUCGCCAAAUCUCUGGCGCCGCUGGCUGGGCUUCAAGGUCGAUAACGAUGGAGGUGAGCAGGAGGAAUUGGCGGGUGAGGGCCGGAUGUGUCUUCCUCCGAUGCUUCUCCAUCCGAUCAAGGAUGUGGAGAUGAUUAUCGAUGAUGGCGAGCAAGCAAGAGACUGAAAUCAGAAAUGAGAAGUUGAAGAAAAGCGGGGGUCUAAUUUACGGCACUCCUGGCUUUAUGAUUCAUGUUUCCCUUAUUUGUUUCCAGCGACACUCAUGUUUAAUGUGCAUAUUAUGUGAUGUAUGAUUUUGGC